AUGAAUUAAAAAAUUUGGAUUAGGAUACCGAAGAAUAUAAAUUUAACCAAUAGCCAUGAAGUGAUGAAACUAACUUUAAAUAAAAAGAAUGGUAAACAAAGAGUAUUAUAUUGUUUCGAUAAAUUUAUAUUGUAUGGAAAAGUAUAUUUAAAAUAUUUAAUUUUAGGUUGGAGAUAUAGCCAAUAAAUACCUAAAACUGGAUUUUGAUACAAAAUUUGAAAUACUUUAUUUGUAGAACAAUAGAAAUGAGGAUGAAGACUGUUUAAAUUAAAUAAUAGGCAUUUAAUUUCAUUUAGAUUGUGGAAAUAAAAUGAUUAAUUCAAAAUUAGAAGGAGGAGAGAUUUUAAUCAAGGAGUUAAGAGAUUUCUUGCGUUAAAGGAUAAAUUAAUACAAAUUUCAUCAAUAUUUUAGAGUUUAAAAAAAAAUAGGAAAAGGAAAUUUUGCAACAGUAUUAACGAUUAAUUAUUAAUUAAUAAAGGUUUAUUUUGCAGAAAGAAUUGAAGACGGAUUAUAAGUUGCAGUUAAAGCAUUUUCAAAAUAAGUGGCUUAUAGUGAAAAUAAUGGAAAAGAGUCAAUAUUAAAUGAAAUAUAAAUAAUGAGGGAUUUAAAUAAUUAACAUUUAAUGAAAUUGUAUGAAGUCUAUGAAACUGAAAAUUCCCUUUAUAUGGUACUAGAAUUGCUCUCUGGAGGUUCAUUAUUUGAUUUGAUGAGGGAUAAAAGGUCCUUGUAAAUAUAAGAAGUCUAAAAAAUACUUGCAGGUCUCUUGUUGGGAUUAUAAGAAAUGCAUUAAUAAGGCAUUAUGCAUAGAGACUUAAAAUUAGAAAAUAUACUAUUCAAAUAAAAGAAGUAAAUUGAAGAAUAAAUAUAAGUUAAUUGUAAUCAGUAGUUAUAGCAGACUUUGGGUUGGCUACUUAUGUUAAUGAAAAUUAAUAUUUAUUUUAUAGAUGUGGAACUCCAGGUUAUGUAGCUCCAGAAGUAAUUAAUAUGAAAGAUACUAAAUAAAAAUAUUCAUAAAUUUGUGAUAUAUUUAGUUUAGGUCUUAUUUUUUAUAUCUUAUUAUCUGGCAAACCAGCUUUUUUGGCAAAAACAUAUAAAAGAAUGGUGAGAUAAAAUAGAUAAGCAACUAUUGAUUUUUCAAUUAAAUAAUUAAAAAACUUACCAGAUGAUGCUAUGGAUUUAUUAAAAAAAAUGUUAGAAAAGGAUCCUAAAUUAAGAAUAGAUGUAUCUACAUGUUUAAAUCAUUCAUUUAUAAAUGAUAUUGCAAAGAAAAUUUAAGAGACAGAAAUCAAUGAGGAUAGUGAUAAUGAUUUAGGUGAAAUUGAUGAGGAUACUGAUGUUGGAUUAAGGAUAAAUUAAAUUAAUUAACAGUAUUAUUAAUAAAUAUUUUAGAUAUUUUGUAUUUGAAGCAAGUAGAUAACUGAAUUCUCCAAAUUCAUCAUCAGAUGAUUCUCCAGGAAUUAUUAUGAAGGAAACAGGAAAAAAAUAAAAGGAGAUAGAUUCAACUAUUUAGUUAUCUGGCCAAUCACCAUUAUUUAAAGGAAGAAUUGAUACUAUUGGAAGUGUUCAUACUCUUGAUAUUUAGUCACCAUAAGUAAAUUAUCAAUAAUCUUCUGCAAUAAAAUAGUCGAAAUUUGCUUUAAAUAGAUAGAAAGGUAAUUAAAAUAUUCUCAAAUAUAUCACAAAUAAUUGA